CGUUCUAGGAGUUUGUUUUCUCCUGUGUGAUUCAACGUGGCUCUGCAUGCCCUGGUAUGAACUGGGCCAUGGGGACACACACCUAGACAAGGAGCUAUAUUACAACACUUGGGGGCUUUGGAGCCUGGAUUCCUGCAGUUUUAGAACAUCUUGAUUUGGGCUAGGACUGAUGAACAGGAUCCUAGCAGUGAAACCCUCAGCCCCAUGAACUGCCUCUCUUUUCCUUGCAGGUGUGAAUGACAGAGGAGGUGCCUCCGACUGCACUCAGCGAGAUAUACCUUCGUCUUUUGUGUCAUGAUGACAUAGGCACAGUCAAACAGCUGUGUGGUGAUUGGUUCCCCAUUGAAUACCCUGACUCAUGGUAUCAGGACAUCACCUCCAACCAAAAGUUCUUUUCCCUGGCUGCGACUUACCGUGGCACCAUUGUGGGCAUGAUAGUUGCUGAGAUCAAGAGUCGAGCCAAAGUGCACAAGGAGGAUGGUGAUAUUUUAGCUUCUGGUUUCCCAGUUGAUACUCAAGUUGCUUACAUUCUAAGCCUAGGAGUGGUGAAAGAAUUUCGAAAGCAUGGCAUAGGUUCUCUUCUGUUGGAAAGCCUGAAAGAUCACAUUUCGACCACUGCCCAGGAUCAUUGCAAGGCCAUUUACCUGCACGUCCUGACCACCAACAACACGGCAAUACACUUCUACGAAAACAGAGACUUUAAGCAGCAUCAUUACUUGCCCUACUAUUAUUCCAUCCGAGGGGUCCUCAAAGAUGGCUUCACGUACGUUCUCUACAUCAAUGGGGGACACCCGCCGUGGACAAUUUUUGACUAUCUUCAGCACAUCGGCUCGACUUUGGCCAAUCUGAGCCCCUGCACAAUUCCCCAGAGGAUUUAUCGCCAAGCCCAGAGCAUCCUCUGCAGCCUUUUGCCUUGGUCGGGCAUUUCAGCCAAGAGCGGCAUUGAAUAUAGCCGGACUAUGUGACCUGAAGGGAGUCCUUCUCUGCAUCCCUGCGGUUGCACAGCUGACAUGGCUCCAACCCUCAACCGUUCGUGGACUUGGCAGAAUUCCUCCUCCUGCUCCUCCUCCUGCUGCUGCUGCUUUCCCCUCUUCACCCUGAGCAGAAGGAAAACAGGCAGUUUUGCUGCCCCAGCACUGCAGCGCAAUGGCCUGGCUGCUCUGCCCCCAACCAGCCUUUUUGCAGCGGCGAGAUGCUUGGCACGAGGGGCGCCUUAGAACCGAGCGGACUGUUGGCAGCUGAGGCCUCCCAGGUGGCCGUUGCUUGGCACCUCUUUGUCCCUUUCAGGAACUCCUCCCUUGGCUGAGCAGUUCAUGCCCAGGGGCGCCUUUGGCUCUUUCAGGCUAAAAUGUGUGUGUGCCAAAGGACAGACCCUCCUGUACAUCUUGCUUUCUGCUAGUCUGAGCUUGGCCCUGAAGUGUGGACGGGAAGUAGGGGAAGAGCUGGGGUUGGGAAAUGCCCCCAAGUCAAGGCCCGAAAGGCUGCCCUGCGCUCCCUCUUGGGCCCCAGAGGGCAACUGCAGUGGAGCCCCUCUCCUUCCCAGUGGAAGCAGGAGCCUUGAACAGACCUCGCAAAAUGGGCCAUUUUAAGUCCUUUUGGCCCGUUGGACCUCCAGGAGGCCAGCCGUGGUUUGCACAAGCGAGUAGUCCCCAGUCUAAGCUCUUGGGACAAAGGGCCGGGCGUUCAGCCUUGCAGGUCAUCUCCGGCCCCUCGGUAGCAGAGGGAAAGUAUGGCUCCCCCUCUCAUGGAUGAGCUCCAGCUGUCUCAGGGCCAGCAGUGCUGAUCCUUCUGGAAAGGUGCUGUGGGGAGCCUCCCCGCUCCCCCUUGCACCCAGAUAAGUAGCAUCACCCCCCCAAGACCUGCAUCCCCGGGCAGUUUACAUAACCCAGCCGAUUCUCCCGGAAGGCGUCUGCUCCUGGUCACCACUUACACAAACUCUGAGGAAAGCAGCAGGCUGACACCUUUAGUGCUGAACUGGAACUCUUGGCCUGUAUUUGUUGGUAGGAAGAGUCUGGGAGGCCCCGAUGAAGGUCCUCUCUCCUGCCUGCCUGCCCUGGGACGGCUGCAUUUCCAGGUGUUCCAUUCUCCCAAUAUUGGCCAAGUUUUCACAUUUCAGCUCUUCAGCUGGCACUCCAAGAGGAAACCUUCCUUGGACCCGGGGAGUUUAGGCAGAUUGUGUGUGUGCGUGCGUGUGUGCGUGCGUGCACACACACAGGAAAAGGGCUUUGAAAAAGAGAGGUGGGGGAGGGGGGGGCCCUGCUGGCAGAGUUUACACCUUGCUGGCUGCGGGGAGCAGCGCCGUGCCCUGCAGAGUUUGGAGUGGUGCAGAGGUGCUGUUCUUUGCUCCCAGCAGGCCUUGGGCAGAAGGGCUGGUUGCCGUGCCGAAGGCAACUCGGCCUACAAGAUUACGGGCACCUCAGGCAGAGCUUGCCCUUCUCUGGAGACCCCCUCAGCUCCCUGAUGGCACCAUCUGAGGUGAAAGUUUAGGGACGUCAGAAGGGCCAAGGGUCAAUCAGGAGGACAAGCAACACCAUCGUGAUGUAAUAAACACCCUUCAGAAUGUGCUCAGUUGGUGAGGCCACAUUGCCAUGAGGUGGCUCGUGUCAGAGGCCUGUGGCGUCUGUGGGCUGUGUUGCAGGUGGCCUCUUGUCUUCCAAGUGGAAGCACCAUUUCCGUGCCAGGCCCAGCGUAGCAUCUCCCCGAAAGGUUUUCUGCUUUCCAACCACCUCUUGCUUGAAAAUGCCCACGAUGCAGCUUCAUCCGUGUUUCCGUUUAUGCUUUCUGAAUAGUGCAUCUCCAUCGUUCCUGUGUGCCUGCCUGUCGUGUAAGCAAAUUCCCCCUCAGCCGAACGGCGUUUGUAUUGGCCCGUCUCCUUAUUUAUUGAACAGCACAUCAGCCGGUCGUUUUAACUCUCUUGGAUUAAAGGUUUUUUUUUUUUUUG